AUGACAAACAACUUGGAAAGUUUUGUUAGUUGCGUGCAAGAGCUCGAACCAACGGUUCGUGCUUGUUACUCAGAUAACAUCAAGCUUACUGAGGAAGAACAUGUUAUGGUGAUAUUGGUGGAUUGCUGCUUCAUAUUAGAAUUUUUACUUAAGAGCUAUCAUGGGUGGAGACGACGUGAUUUGUUGUUGCUUGAGAAUCAAGUUCCUUUCUUUGUUCUUGAGAAGCUUUAUAACCUAGCUCUUGAUUCUCCUCCAUUACUAACACUCGCUUUUCGUUAUAUUGUUCCUUAUAGUAUCAUCCUUCCUGAUAGUAUCAUUUCCGGCGAUGUUCUUAGGCUAUUAUCCAACGAUUCUGGAAUAGCUCAUUUCAUAGAUCUAUCAAGAAAGUUUCUAUUAACAUCCUCUGGCUUCUCUGGAUGCUUAAGAGAAGCAGAGUUCCCCCACAUUUAUAGUGCCACUGAGUUGAGUGAAGCAGGAGUGAAGUUUAAGGUAAAGAAAAAUAGCCAAUGCAUGCUAGAUUUGGAACUUUCAGGUCAUAAUUUUAGAGUGCCGUCUAUUAGAGUGACAGCCUUUACUGAAGCUAUUUUGAGAAAUUUGAUAGCUUUUGAGCAAUGCCACUGUAUGAAGGAAUCUUACCUCGCUGACUAUAUUGUAGCCUUGGAUUUCCUUAUCAACACAGAAAAAGAUGUAGAUUUGUUGAUUAAGAAAGGAAUAAUUGAGAAUUGGUUAGGUGAUAGCAAUGCAGUGGCUGAAAUGUUCAAUGGUCUUGGACUGCGGGUUAUAAAUCCAGAUUUUAACGUGCAAUAUAUCCGUAUUUUCAAAGAGUUGAAUGCUUUCUGUGGCCACCCUUGCAACAAAAAAGUCGCAACUUUGAGGCGCGACUAUUGCAACACUCCAUGGAAGACAGUAGCUUCAAUUGCUGGAAUUUUUCUGCUUGUUCUCACUGUUAUUCAGACAGUAUUUUCUAUCCUCCAAGUGGUACACUAG